CUACAGACAGGAUAUCGUGAAGCAAACUAGGAAAAACUCGCCAACUUAUACAUUUUAGGCUGAACUGUUAUUGUUCAUUAUUUUCAUUAUAUUGUACGCCGAUGAAAGUAAUGUUAAUAGGAGACUACACGGGAAUGUUAUUGUCAAGUCUGCAAGUGGAAGGGCAUAUUUCAAACUAAGGGAAUUUAUUGACUAUGGUAAUAGUAGUUGCUGGUUGAGACUUCCCUGGCUGAUGGUGCUAUUUCCGGUAACCGAACGCCGGAAAUUAUUUAUUAUUAUUUUCUCAACGACAAUUAUCUGUGACGUCAUUCAGGGGUUUUGGAGUUGUCCAUUCAUACCGUGGAAUCUGAAGAGAUUCGCGUUAACUUUGAUUGAAUCCUUCGAUAACAAAACACUCGGCUGGGUACAGUAGGCUACGGAAGCCUGGCUAUUUAAAUCUGUGAUGGAGACGCUUUACUGCAUUUGCUGCACGUAGACUUAUUGGAUUUUACUACAAUAGCAGGCCUAACUACUUCAGAUAAUAUAAGCACGCUUCCGCAUCAUUUUAAGCGAUCACGAAUAAUGUCUAAUGCAUGCUAAUUUAUUGUACGUAAUGUGAAAGCAAACUUGACGCAUUGAUCUCCGAAUUGUGUAUUCAGUUUUACCCGAUGUAAAUUGAGCGCAUUCUCUUUACGGUAAUAUGUACACUCAUUCUUGCAGUUAUCGCACCUAAAGGAUAAUGUUCUAUAGUUGCUGAAUAGGACAUGCCCGGAUAUAUUCGGUCGUAAGUGCGCAUGUUUGUUUAUAUUUUUAACAUAACGAUGAUACCGUAUCUUCCAUUGGAAAGGUCGUCUGAUGCCUUCCGUGUGCUAGUAUACACCGAUGUCUUAUAGUAUUUGGCCGCAGUCAGUGUGAUUAAAUCAAUUUUUGAUAGUGAUAUAUUUGUAGGCCUAUAUCAUAAAUGGAUAAAAGUGUUUCGCACGAUAUAUUGGAAUUAAUGGUAAUAGUUUCGUUGAAUUGUGAUUAAGGCAUCGGUAUGGACCGAAGUGCUUCGCUACGUGUUCGGAAAGGAGGAAAGAUAUUUUCCAAGACAGAACAAGAAAUCGAGGAAUGGUUGGAUUUCCACCAGGAUUGGUUUGAAGAGUAUUUUCUAAGAAAAGGUGGCAGUUCCACCUUAGUUCACAGGUGGAAUGACGCGGUGAAGGCCGAUAGUCUGUUUCCUCGAAAGCGCGUUACCUCGGAUCAAAAUGAUCGCCAAGAGGAAAGUAUUCGUUCCGCCAAUGCCAGACCGCGGUCUGGAUCUCGGCAAUAUUUACGGCAGGAUUUCGCUAAAGCCCGAUCUAAAACAGUCUUCCAUACAUGGGCACCAUCGACAUCGGAUACGGAAGAUGGAUAUACGGACGAUUCAGACAGACCGGUUUCGCCGCGUGAGUUAAGUGUCGAAGGGCGGAACAGUCGGAAGCAUUUCAGAAGAGCUUCGACAGUUCCUCCGCCGAGUCCAGGUAUGACACUAAGUGCUCUGUUAGAACCCCAAGUACAACUGCCUCAUAAAACAUACAUUACACACGAAACGAAAAUGUUUCUACGGUCGACAAAUGAACGCGAUUUUUUCCUGGCGAUUGUCAAGGACAUUUCUCACGACUUGGACCUCACCAGUCUGUGUGAUAAGAUCGAAAAAAAUGUAAACAUAUUAGUCGACGCCGAAAGGACGGCGGUGUUGCUCUUAGAAGGUCCAAAAGGUAAAGAACAGUUAGUGCAUAAAAGCCGCUCAGUUGACAGCCAAGGCGGUUCGUCGUCAGAUAGUGAACGUGGCCCUGUAAUUUCUCCGAUAGUUGGAAAUUUUGCUCAAGUGAUCGAAACCGGAAAAGCGCUCCGAUUACAUGGUCAAUUAGAGGAACUUGCACAACAAGAAGAACUCGAGCAACUUCUAGGGUGUCCCAUCGGGAGUUUACUUCUGCUACCCGUUACAAACAGUGAGAAUGAUAUACUCGGAGUGGCGGUGGUUGUGAAUAAAACCAACGGCACUAUGUUCACAAAGGACAAUGAGAAGCUUUUAGUCACCUACUUAACAUUCUGUGGAAUUGGAAUAACUAAUGCGCAAGUUUUUGACAAUUACAGGAAAGAAUAUGAUCGCAAUCGUAAACUGUUGGAAGUGACCCAUCACCUUUUUGAAGAGCAAACAUCAUUGGAUAAUGUUGUACAGAAGAUAAUGCAGAGAGCUCAAUCAUUAUUGAAAUGCGAGCGGUGCUCAGUAUUACUUGUCAAGGAGCAAGGAUCUGAUAAAGUCACCUUUUCUAAAGUUUUUGAUAUGACGAAUUCCAUAUGCAAUGGUCACUCAAAUGCAAUAUGCUAUACUGGAGAUGCCAAACUGACCAAUGGGAUUGUAGAACAUGUGGCGAUGACAGGAGAGAAUGUCAACGUGACCGAUGCAGAAACAGACACACGUUUCAACAUCGAUCGUACAUCUGGAUUCCGCACCAAGUCCAUCCUCUGUUUGCCAAUUAGGGACAAUAAUACAAAAAUUAUCGGUGUCGCUCAGAUCCUGAACAGAGCCGACGGGUUUCCCUUUGACGAACAUGAUGAGCGUUUGUUUGAGGCCUUCACUUUAUUCUGUGGUCUAGGAAUUAACAACACCCUUAUGUUUAAUGAAGUGUCGAAAGCAAUGGCAACACAAAAAGUAGCAUUGGAAGUACUGUCAUACCAUGCCUCUGCCACACAACAAGAGGUAGAAUCACUUAAGUCAGCAAAGGUUCCUGAUAAACGUUCAUUGCGUAUUUCACGGUUCGAUUUUGACGAUUUUUCUCUGAAAUCUGAUGAAAUGACAAAAGCCUCGCUCAGAAUCUUUUUGGAUAUGGGUCUGAUACAGAGGUUUAAGAUGGACUAUGAGGUUUUAUGUCGAUGGCUGUUAACGGUCAGAAAGAACUAUCGACCUGUUGCUUAUCAUAAUUACAGACAUGCUUUUAACGUUAUGCAAGUCAUGUACACAGUACUACAGACGGCAAACUUAGUGUUAACAGACUUGGAGAAAUUGUCCUUACUGGUGGCGUGCUUGUGUCAUGAUUUGGACCACAGAGGAACAAAUAACGCAUUUCAAGAAAAGAGUCAGUCACCCUUGGCAAAAUUAUACGGGUCAAAGGCCACAAUGGAAUACCAUCAUUUUAACCAUGCUGUUGUAAUAUUGAGUAGUCAGGGUCAUAACAUCUUUUCAAGUCUUUCAUCCCAGGAAUACAGUGAGGUGAUGAACAUACUGAAGCAUGCAAUACUUUCCACCGACCUCACCACGCAUUUCAAAGUUAGAGACCAGUUUUUUAAACUUGUAGAUUCAAAAGCGGAUUGGAUUAUUUCACAGAAUCGAGAACUACUACGGAGUAUGCUAAUGACAGCAUGUGAUGUGGCGGCCAGCACCAAGACGUGGAAGACACAGCAGAAGAUAGCUGAACUUGUUACUAGUGAGUUUUUUGAUCAAGGAGACAAAGAGAGGAAGGAAUUAAACAUUGAACCAGCAGUAAGUACAGUUGUUAAUACUUAUAUGUUAUACAAGUAGUUGCUAUAUCAGCUGUUAGAGCAGUGUUAAUAUGUAUAUUUUAAGUGUUUGUUUGUUGCACUAAAUGUGUUAACUUUGGCAACUGGAAGUAUUUGUGAAUCUGUCACUAUCAGUGUUAGGAAGUGUACAUUAUCUUCCAAAAAAAAAAAAAAAAAAA